UCCAAAGGUUUCCCCACACUGUGUAACAUACUUCAAUAUUUUGAAGCAGGACCACUGAAACUAAGUUUUAUCAUAUCAGGAUGCAUUUAUGAAAAUUUUAUUAAUGAUUAAAAGAUGCUUCCUAGUAACACAUUAUUAGAAUACAGCUAGCUGUUUGAAGGCAUCUAAAACAGAUGUUGGAGGUGUGGUUUACAUUAUAAGUAUGAAGUGCUUUUAGACUGUACAUGGGGAUUGGAAAAAGCCAGUAUGCACUUAUGUAGUAUAAUAGCAUGCUUUUAAAUCUCAGCUUUCAUUUAAUAAAGUCAUAAGUUUCUUGCACUUACAGUUAUGAAAAAAAUAAACUGGCAAUAUGAGCAGAAUGUAACCAAGGCAGAGGUGGCAAAGAGAUGUCUGGAACGACAGCCCUGCAGGGCAGUAACUGCACCUGCCAGCAUCCCAUCACCCAGUAACGGCUUUAGUUCAACAAGUUUAAGAAAGAGCGUGAUAGAUAGACACAUUACUGUGACAACUUCUCCAGCAAAGUCAGUGAGAGGUUCUAUUACUUACAGCAAUCCCAGUUAAAAAGCAGCCCCCCAAAACUCAAAGCCCAACAGCAAAUAAAAGAGAUCCAAAUGCAGAGAGCCUUCCAAAGUCCACAGAGACACUGUCCUGCUUCAAGCAUCUUGGGCUUUACUCUUCCUCUGACCAUACAGUCAGGACGUGGAAACCUUUGGAAGAGUACCACUGUCUUUUUUUCCCCCAGCUUAGAACACAUACUGUUCUUAAUCAGAAAUGCAGUCAUAUCUACUAGACACUUAUUAACUCUUCAUGAAAUAACAAGUGCACUCCUCACAUAAUGUGAUCUUAAUGUAUAUAUACUCUGUGUGUGUGUAGCUGCAGUGUUUGUAUUUACUCAGGGCUCAGUGUUCUUUUUUCGUUUUGGUGGAAAUAAGAUCAUGAUCAUUGUCAUGUCUUAACCAGCCUGGGACCAUGUUACAUUUGUAGACGUUGUCUACCCUUCCUUGAGGCUGGCAUUGCACAAGGUGCAGGCUGUUUUCCAUGCAUUUUAGCUUCAAAGUUAAAACAGGAGAUAGGGUGCUUAUUAGUGGCAAUCAGUGCACUGUUCAGUGCUGGUACAGCCUCUGUAGAAGCAACCUGUCCCAGCUGAACUCAAAAUGGAAUUAGGAAUUUCAGAUGAGAUGUGAGAACAAGGGAGUGCCUUAUGCUACAGCCAGUUUAAGUGUUAAACACAUUUCGUAAGCAAGGAGUACAGCCAACCCUAUCACCACACUUUUAUAAAGCUGACCUCAGUCAGUCCCUACUGAGAUGGGUCUAUGUGAUUUUCUCUCAUAGCUGCUGAAGAGAAGCUCUGGAAGCUUCUUGUUAAGUUCUUUGAAAGAGACAUGGCACAAACUGGACUUAGGAUUUUUCUACUCAUAAGCAUACUGCUGCUGGAUCAGACUAUCAGCCAAGCUUCCAAAUUCAAAGCCAGGAAGCACAGCAAACGUAGAGUGAAAGAAAAAGAUGACCUAAAGACCCAGAUUGACAAAUUGUGGCGGGAAGUAAAUGCUUUGAAAGAAAUGCAAGCUCUUCAGACAGUCUGUCUUCGUGGGACAAAGGCCCAUAAGAAGUGCUACCUUGUGUCAGAAAGCACCAAGUAUUUUCAUGAAGCCAAUGAAGACUGCAUAGCCAAGGGAGGGACACUGGCUAUCCCACGGAAUAAUGAUGAAACAAACACUCUUCGAGAUUAUGGCAAGAAAAGUAUGCCUAGAGUGUCUGAGUUUUGGUUGGGUAUCAAUGACUUGAUAAAUGAAGGGAAAUUUGUUGAUGUCAAUGGCAUGGUUCUACAGUACUCCAACUGGGAUCGUGCCCAACCAAAUGGGGGGAAGCGUGAAAACUGUGUCUUUUUUUCCCAGUCAUCACAAGGCAAGUGGGUGGACGAAGUCUGCCGUACUGCCAAAAGAUAUAUUUGUGAAUUUCUGAUCCCAUAA